UCCCACUAAUACUACUACGACACGUCUGUCACGAAGCUUGAUAUGAUGAUGAUGAUGAGUUUUGAACUUUUGGGACCUUUCGAAUAUUAGAUUAACGACAUUCAUUGUUUAUAUCAACGUGGAGAUGUUAAGGACGGUAACAUAAAACUGUGCGGAAACACGAAGAGAAUUUCAGGAAAUGGCUGACUCACCUUUUGAAACAGUUCAGUUGGAGGAGGACAUUGAUGAUCCUGUACCAGCAAGUGAACUCCAGGCGUUGAAUGAAGAAAAACGAAUUCUCAGUUCAGUUUACCGUCAUGUAGAACACCAACAAGUAGUGGAGCAAGUAGCUGGUGUGGCUGGCAUCAUAGCUGAAGAUGCAGCCUUAUCAGCAAAUGAGUCAAAAAGUCCAUCAUCACCAUGGAUGGGGUCUGUUACACAGAAAACUUCGUCUAUUCCAUUAAGUGCAGGUGGAUCAGAAGAAUCAGAAUCAGUAUUAGGUCUGCCAGUACGUUUGUCUGCAGGAAUAGGAAGCACUGAGGCUGGUGACGUAGGAAGAGUCGAUUUAGUCAGUGAGCUCCUUAGUUUGCCUCAGUCACUUGACUCAGCCCUUCGACUGAAUAUGGCAUUGCAGAAGAGGUUCCGUGAUAGAAUUCUGGCUCUAGAGAGUAUCUUUUUAAAAAAUGUUGAAAGUCAGGCCAAGUUGAAGAGAGAGAUAGCAUGUGCCAGGACAGUGCGAGCAAGUGAUCAGAAAGCUGAUGGUACUGGCAAGCUACCAAUUCGAAUUUCACAUUUUUGUGUUCCAUACUUCAAGAACAGAGGUGGGAUGCCAGCGCCAAUGAAUGAUGAUGCUAAAAUGAAAGUGGAAAAAGGCUACAUUGACCUCUACAUCACAAGAUCCCGCACAUGGCUGACAGUUGAAAGAGAAAAUUUGGAUUCAGUUGUACGCGAAGAAUGGAAAAAGCAAAAAUUGGCUUCUACUGAGAUGACAGUUCGGGAAUUAGAACGUAAACUUCAGAGACUGAAUCCUGAGGAUCAGGAAAUUGUCAAAAGCCUUGAGGAGGAUAUUACAAACCUUAAAAAAGUCAUUAAGGACUUGGAUAAAAUGCCCCCAAUGCAAGUCAUACCAGACAGAGGAGAAAAGCAGCUUGACUGGGAUCGAAUAGCAGCAAGGGCUUUUGAUGGCCACAGAACACCAGAUGAAUGUCGGCUACAGUGGGAAAAUUAUCUUCAUCCAGACAUAAAUACAACACCUUUUACUGAAAGGGAAGACAUCAUGAUUCAGAUGGCAGUGAUGAAUUUACGAACAAAGCUGCCCGACUAUGAAAAGAUUUCCAAAGACAUGAAUACUAACCGCACUGCUUACCAGGUAAUGCAGCGAUAUGUCUCUUUCAUUGAGCCUGCAUUGAAACCCUGUAGGUGGACCAAAAAGGAUUCCGAUAAGUUGUUGAAUACAGUUAAUAUGUUGCGUGUUGGCAAUCACAUUCCAUGGUACCAGGUUCAUCAACAUUUUGUGGGGUUCAGUCGUGUUCAGAUCCAAAGCCGAUGGAGAAUGAUUGACCCAGAUAUUUCCAAAGGACCUUUUACAGUAGAAGAGGAUUUUCUCCUCAUUAAGGGUCUGCAUAUGUUUGGACUGAACUUUGAUUCCAUCGUGCAUUUCAUGCCUGGGAGAACAUAUCCACAAGUUAGGGAUAGAUAUAAACGUACAAUCCUGCCUUCAUUAAGUGUGAAGCCUUGGAAAAAAGAGGAGGAUGCUAUAUUAAUCAAGGAGUGCUCAGUAGGUCCAAAGAAUUGGCGUAAAAUGGUCUUAAAGCUGCCCCGAUUUAAUGCUUGCCAGAUUAGACUGCGAUAUCAUACAAUUCAAGUUUGGCAAACGUUAUCGAAGACCAACUUGAUUCCUCCUCCUCUUUUCCCUGUAACUUCUACUGUGAAUCCAGAGGCUAUCCAGGAGAUUCGUAAAGCCAUGAUCUUGGAAUUGCCUGAUUUGAAGACUCUCGUUGAUGAAAGCAGGAAGGGAAUUAAAUUUAAAAAUGUUCUGAAAGAACUAGAAGAAAGACGUGUGCUUAUCAGGGAAAGGAAGAGUAAGAAGAACAUGCAGAAGAUGAAAAGGGUUACAGAAAAGAGAGGUCGUCAAGCUGGAAUUCCUAAUCCUCAGUACAGAUCAGUGCAAGAUAUUUUCUUGACAGAAUUUUUCAUCCCUUUCAGGCACAGUUCUGGUUUUCCAAACUUGUCUUUUGAAAGUGUGCAGAAAAGUUUGAUUGCACUCAGCACAGCUCUUCAACUUAAGAUCGUAAGGCAGUUAAACAAUGAAGAUAUUGUUUUGGGCCAGUUGAAGCCGGUAGAUAAAAUGGUGCUUAAGAGUUUGACAAAAUCCCAUGUGCUUGCAGGAGAUAUAGGUUGUGCAUAUAACUGCCCAGCUUGUCUGCCAGUACAUCCCGAGAGAAGUCCCUUAUUACCUCCUUGUAAGACCACUAUAGGUGCUUUUAAAUCUCUCCUUGUACAUCGCCCAAAACUAAAAGAAAUGGCUUCUGGAGAAUUUUUCUUGUACAAGUACAACAAGAAUGAGUUGUACAGUUUAGAAACACAUUGCAGGGGACGAAGAUAUUUUAGAAAAAGGUCAACUUACACUCUGUAUCCUGAAGUAGUUCAACCACAGAGAGAACAUAAUUCUGAGGCUGAAGUAAAUCAAGAUGUAGGAGAUGGUGAUGCUUUGGUAGAAACAGAUGAUAAUUCAGCGGGGCAGGGGAACAGAGGACAGUCAAAGAUUCACAUAACCUAUCAGGCAAGGGACCUGGAUAUCACGAAUGCAGUGAAGCGUCCAUCAGUAACACCAUCAAAGCCAAAGACAGCUAAUUCAGUAAAAGCAUAUUCGAGGGGUAAAGCUGUGAAGGGUGAACCAGUUGGCUGUGUAGCUGUGAUAGAUUUACCAACUACUUCAGGUGCAGUUAAUGUGAACACUGUUACUUCUGCUACAAGUGGUGUGCCAAUUAUUAAGUUUGAGGUCAACAAUCAAGAGGUUACCUGUUUGGAAGAUAUUGAUACUUCAACACGAACAGUCUCAACUGAAGAAACUAAGGCACGUGAAGUUUCUGACAGUUUGUUAUUCCAGAGAAUGCUGUCAGUAUUUUUUUGGCCAGCUUUAAUGACUAUUUCAGUGCCACAAAACACCUUGAUUAAUAAAAUACAAGAAAAGAUAGUAUCUGGAGAGUUGGAGAAGCCAGCAAAGCCAGUUAAGAUAAAAAAUACUCUGGAUAAAGACGACCUGGAUAUGGAGGCACAAGCUAAAUAUAUUUCACUCCUAAGUCGAGAAGAAAAGAAAUUUGAAGAAGAGCUAAUCAAUAGCAAGAAAAGGUUCUAUGAAAGAAAAGCUGUUUCUGUUGAUUUAAAUGAUACCAGUGUAUCGACAGAUGUAUCUAUAAACACUGGCAAAGAAUGUGAAAGCAGCAGUGAAAAUGAUGACAGAGAGCAUCCCACCAAAAAAGUAAAGGAUGGCCGGAAAUUUAACAAGUAUUUGAUUACUCAUCAUCGAAAGAAGAAGUUAAAAAGCUUAAGACGGUCUUUGGUCAUGAAGAGGGUAUGGGAUGCCCGAAGGAAAGGCUCCUUUCCACAGCGUACAAGUGACCGAGAUAAGAGGAACUAUCAGCCCAGGAGGUCUCGUACUCGUGACUGUGUACGAAAAGAUAUGAUAAAACCUCCUAAGGCUAAAAAAAUAUGGGAUUUUCCACUUGAUGGUCCAAUGAGGGUUCAGCCUCAAGCUCCAGCUAUACCAUCAGAGGAAAUGUUGAAGUGUGCUUUUUUUGAAAGCACAAGUAACUUGAGUGAAAACCCUGAAGUGAACCCUGCCUAUGUAUCACCUGGUCCUAGCUCUGAAAAUACACAGAAAGUGGAAACUAAACCCAUUAAAAGGAGAGGUAGGAGGUCUGAAAUACAGAAACCCCAAGAAAAAAAUCCAAAUGAUACUAGUGAACCCAUUGACAUUAAAUCUCCUCUUCCAGAAGUUACAAGAAAUUUGCCAAGUUUAGAUAUUGUAAAUGGUAAAAGUAAUUUCCGAAGAAAAAGCAUGUUGAAAUUUGUCAGUACAACUGCAGAUGUUCAUUCAGCAACGUGUGACAGUCCUGAGGUUAACCUGUCUACUAGAAGUAAAUUAGGCAAUAAAAGUUCAGUUUCAGGUCAUGGUAGUAGUAGCAGUAGUAGUUGUAGUAGUAUAUCAUAUGGUGAAACAGUUCGAACCAGUACUAAAACUCAAAUAUUACCUCCUUUGGCAUUGCUCUAUGAUGAAGGAGACACAGGCCUUGCAGAGAUGACUAUGAGUCGUCCAAAGAAAGUCCAUAGAGGAAAAGAAGUUGCUUAUCCUCCUUCAACUUCCAAAAGAGUUAUUCAACCAUCCUGCAAAAGAUCAAUUGAGUCUAGUUUCCGUCAUCUUCUUGAAGAUCAGAUUAAAUCAGAAGUAGCGGAAUGUGAAGAGAGUACCUUAUUUGACCCAGAAGUCAUAAGUAGCAAUAAAGAUGAAAUGCAAGUUCCAAUAAAAAAGGCUAAAAGCUCAUCAUCAAAGACAUACCAAGUUAGUUUCCAAUGUCUUUUAGAUGAUGAAGUUCAAGAUGAUUCACAGUCUAUGGAAGCUGAGCGUGUGUCAGAGAAGAAUUUGAAUUCCCAGAGUCAGGUUCAAGAGGACCAGGUAAGUGAACUUCAGUCCAAGCCAUUAAAAAGAAAGUCACGAAGUGCUAAGAAAAAUUAAUCUGCAUCAUCAGACAAAUUGUUUUAAUUGUAAUUUGAUUCUUGUUGGUAUUCAGACUUUGUCAGUGAGGAAACAAAAUGAAAAAGGGAAAAUUAUGAGAAAAGUACCAGGGUGAGAUGAAGUACAAAAUUGUAAUGAGAUUCCGUGACGCUGUAAGCAGCUUAUCCGCCUGACUAGAUCAAAAGGUUGGGUAAAUUCUGUCAAAUAUCUGAAAUUCUGAUAUUUUAUAUAUUUGUCUUGCAUUUAUUUUUUUGUUUAUCUUUUUCAAAGGAGAAACCAAAUUGAAAUAUUGAAAAAUUAUGAGGAACACAUUUGAAUCAUAGUGGGAGCAUGGAUUGUAAUCUGGUUACAAAAGAUAAAAUUUGGUGAAAAUUUGUUCUGAAAUGUUUGAAGUUUCAGGUUCUGAUUCAUUUCUUUUAUACUUUUGCCUUACAAUAAAUUUUGUUCACCAAAAUUCUGUUAACGUUUUGAUUUCUGUGAGACCUUUGUUUUACACUUACAAAUCUCCCAUUUUUUAUUGUUUUUAUUUUCUUCAGGGAUACUAUUUUUUUUAUUGUAUAUUCUGCUACACAAAGUUAUUAAUGGAAACCUUGAUUAAUAUGUAAAUAAAAAGGUUAAUUUGUGGAUUACUUUUAUGUACUGAACAAGGUUAGGAACAGUUCACUUUGUCACACUUUAGGUGUUGACCAUGAAGAAGCCAAUUUUCUUAUCAAAUUAACCAACUUAGUUUGUUGGUUAUCCAUAAUGGUUGUUGCUUGUAAAAUGAAGAGAUUACACAUCUUCAGACACAUCAGUAGCAGUACUGGUUCAGCUCUAACAUCCUCUGUAUGUAAUUGUCUACAGGUUCAAUAUUUGAAUGUUAGUUCAUUUUCACAAACGUGCAUGUUAUAAGGCUCACACACAAUUGUGUUUUUACAGACAUUUAAAAAUGUUUGGAAGUUGAUAUCUUUAACCUCUUAUAUCUUUCCUUUUAAUCUUGAAAAUGUUUAAACAUCAGCUCUUUUGUCUAAUUACUUGUGUCAUGAGAUCAUAUUGAAUUUUAAACUACAAACAAUAACUUCAAAAUAUUGUUCUGAAAGAAUUCAUUAUGAAGCAAGUCCAAGAGCUUCUCAUGCGGUGUUAGUUUUACCACAUAAUAAAAUUUAAUGUACCAAAACUGAAAAAAUAAAUUUUACUUGAUAAGGAAAUUA